AGCCUCGCACUCCGGGAUUCCGUCGAGCCCACCCAGAGCAGGACCUUCAUAUAUAUCAGAUUCACCAAAAAUCAACAUGCACAAGCAGAACAGUUGCAAACCUGCGACAGGUACCUCCCACCAGGUGACUGUUACUGAUUUGAGUGGGGCCAGAAGCAGUCUGCACGCUACAAACCCGGCUGGUGUCCUGUGUGCUUCUUUGGAUGCAGUAGCUCCGGCGGCGCAAGCUGAGGAAAUGGCGACCGUUCCAUAUACUGAACUGGAACAGCCGUAUCACGUAUUCCCGAAGGGCCUGAAAAAGUUCCUUGUAGGCGUCAUCGGAGUUGCAGGCUUGUUCUCGGGCUUGUCGUCGAAUAUCUACUUCCCAUCACUAGACGCAAUUGCAAAGGAUCUCAAUGUUAGCAUCGACGCCGUUUCCCUGACCAUCACGUCGUACCUAGUAAUUCAGGGCGUAUCGCCACUGCUUUGGGGUUCAUUGUCGGACACAGUGGGACGGCGGCCUAUUUACAUCGCUUCCUUCACGGUCUAUAUCAUUUCCAACAUUGUCCUCAGCCUUUCUCCAAAUUUCACUAUUCUUCUCAUCUUCAGAGGUUUGCAGGCGGCAGGUAGCGCCUCGACUGUAAGUAUUGGAAAUGGCGUUAUUCAAGAUAUCUCUCCCCCAUCUGAAAGAGGAGCUUUCAUAAGUUUCUAUCAGGCCAUCCGUAACUUCAGUAUCGCUAUUGGUCCUGUUCUAGGUGGCGUCUUGGCAAAUACCUUCGGCUUCCGGUCUAUCUUCAUCUUCCUCGUGAUACUUUCCUCAUUAGUCAUUAUAAUGGUGAUUUUGUUUCUGCCUGAGACCCUGCGAAGCAUCGCUGGAAACGGCUCCCUGCGGCUCACGGGUAUUUACAAGCCACUUGUUGCGAGGUUCACCGUGGAGCCACCAUAUAUGCAGGACCCUGAUGAAGCAGUCCAGCGAAAGAAAGUGACCGUCAUAACGUUCAUCGAGCCCCUAAAGCUUCUGGUAGAGAAGGAUAUCGUCCUGAACUUGCUGUUUGGGGGCGUGGUAUAUGCCAUUUGGAGUAUGGUGACAUCUAGUACUACGGGGCUUUUCAAGUCCCGCUUUGGCCUUAAUGAGCUUCUCCUUGGCCUAGCUUUCCUACCCAACGGUUGCGGCACUAUCGUCGGCUCUGCCAUGGUUGGCAAACUCAUGACCCGCGACUAUAAAGCAGCUGAAGUGGCCUACAAAAUCGCGCAUAACCUACCUCCCUCGCACAAGCUCCCGACUAAAAACAUCCCGGCCGAUUUUCCGAUAGAGCAAACGCGCCUACGGAACCUCCCGUGGAUCGCAAGCCUCUUUUCGGUAUCCACAGCCGCGUAUGGUUUCUCACUCGCGGACCCGACUCUAACUUCCAAGCCCGGGUGGAUCGUGGUGCCACUAGUUUUGCAGUUCCUAAUCGCCGCGAUGAGCAACGCUAUCUUCGCGCUCAACCAGACGCUCGUGUCGGACUUGUGUCCCGGCAAGGGCGCUAGCAGUACGGCCAUUAACAACCUGGUACGGUGCGGACUCGGCGCCGUUGGGGUUGCAUUUGUCGAGACUAUGAUUACCAAUCUCGGACCCGCGUGGGCUUUCCUGGGAUUAGCAUUAAUCACCGUGACAAUGACACCAUUGGCUGCAGUGAACUGGUUUUGGGGGCAACGGUGGCGGGCUGCAAGGACUGAAAGGAAGGCCAAGAUCGAAGAGUAGAUGAACACAAAAAGGCUUGAUCCCAUAUUAGUCUUGAUUAUAAAUUAGAAUUGCACGAAUAGAAUGUACAUCGAAACGGGAACCGUAGGGUUGUGUGUCAUCCUCAUCCUACUGGCUUUAAGGCUUGUCUUUUUUAUAAAUAAGCAUAAAUAGAUCUAGAGAAGGAAGGUGGAGCACGUAUGUGACAGAAGUCAAGAUAACAAUGGACAGGGAUCCUACUAGAC